AUGAAUAAAGGAUUGGACUCCAAUUUUUCUGAACCUAGUCCUCAGACCUGGAGUGUCAAUGAUACCAAGGAGGAGCAGUACCUGGACAUUAACAUAACCUAUGUAGAUUACUACCUCCACCAGCCUCAGGUGGCGGCUGUCUUCAUCAUUUCCUACUUUCUCAUCUUUGUUCUAUGCAUAGUGGGGAAUACAGUGGUUUGCUUCAUCGUGGCACGGAACAAACACAUGCACACAGUGACUAACUUCUUCAUCUUGAACUUGGCCAUCAGCGACUUGCUGAUAGGGAUAUUUUGCAUGCCUACAACCCUCCUGGAUAAUAUCAUAGCAGGAUGGCCAUUUGGAAGCGCAGUUUGCAAGAUCAGUGGAAUGGUCCAGGGCAUGUCAGUGGCCUCUUCAGUCUUCACUUUGGUGGCCAUAGCAGGGGAUAGGUUUCGAUGCAUUGUGUACCCAUUCAAGCCAAAGCUCACCAUGCAGGCAGCAUUAGGAAUCAUUGUGAUCAUCUGGGCCUUGGCCAUCACUAUCAUCUCUCCAUCUGCAGUCAUGCUACACGUACAAGAAGAAAAAUAUUAUCGAGCAAGGCUCAGUUCCCCAAAUGAAACCAGCCCUCUCUACUGGUGCCGGGAGGACUGGCCAAACCAGGAAAUGAGGAAAAUCUACACCACUGUGUUAUUUGCCAACAUCUACCUGGUCCCUCUGCUCAUCAUCAUCUUUAUGUAUGGCAGAAUUGGGAUUUCACUCUCUCGGACAACAAGGCCUUUAAGCGUCAAGCAGACCCAGGAGAAGAGUCAUAUGGUAUCUAGGAAGAAACGGAGGGUCAUCAAGAUGCUUCUGAUUGUAGCUUUGCUCUUUAUGUUAUCCUGGCUGCCCCUCUGGACUUUGAUGAUGCUCUCUGACUACAGCAACCUCUCUGCAUACCACCUGCAGGUCAUCAACAUUUAUGUCUAUCCUUUUGCACAUUGGCUGGCUUUCUGCAACAGCAGUGUGAACCCUAUCAUCUAUGGUUUUUUCAAUAAGAAAUUCAGAGGUGGUUUCCAGGAUGCUCUUCAGGUCCAGAUCUGCCACAGGAGGGUGGAGGAAGACUAUCCACAAAGGGCUAAGAAUAAUGUUGUCAGAACCAUGUCUACCCAGCUGGCACAGGACCCUUCAUUUCAGAACCCCUUGGGAAAAGAAGCUGCUUUGUGGAGGACCUCAAAUCCCCAGCCCAAGACCAAGCAGGAAUUGACUAUGGAAGACCUGGGAAAUGCCUCCAACAAAAAGAACACUAUGAAAGAAUUUGCAUAA